CUCGCGCGACGGGGCAAGAAGGUUCCGGGAGGCGAGAGCACUUCCGGGGUCGGGUCCGCUGGCGUGCGGAGAGGACUGCGGUCUUCAGAGCGCCGUGGCCGCAGGGACCAUGUUCCUGACCGCCCUUCUCCGCCGCAACCGCAUUCCCGGCAGACAGUGGAUGGGGAAGCACCGGCGGCCGCGCUCCGUGUCUUUCCAUGCGAAGCAGAACCUGGUCCGUCGCCUGGAGAUCGAGGCGGAGAACCACUACUGGCUGAGCAGGCCUUACCUCACCGCGGAGCAGGAGUUCGGCCACGCGGCGGGGCGCCGGGCGGCGGCCUUCGAGGCCAUCAAGGCGGCCGGCGUGUCCAAGUUCCCCCCCCACAGAUUCGUGGCCGACCAGCUCGAGCAUCUCAACGUCACCAAGAAGUGGUCCUAACGCAUCGCCGCCUUUCAGUUGGACGGACCGAGGGCUGCCGCCCUGUGACUCCGUUCGGGAGGAGGAAAGGCAGCCUCCAGGACAACUGAACUUUCGGCCUGGAGUCUUAGCAAACCGGAACCUCGAGGUCUGCAUGCAGAGUACCCAAGGCUCCACACUGGUUAAUUCUUCAAAGUCUGAUCUCUGCCUGUUGUUUCCUUUUCCUUUAUUCUGAGAGGCAGACACAGAUUUCUGGGGUCACAGAGGAAAUAAAACGUAUUUCGGAUGGAAGCUUCAAAAAAACUGCAAACUGUGGUUUGGAAUCUGUGCCUCAGUAUGAGAUACUUUAUAAAAUUCAACUUAGUUUACUUACCUCUGUGGAAGGAAUCAGCGGCUAAACAUAAAUGAAAACGAGCUUUUUCAAUUGAAAAUAACAUUUUCUUCUGGGAUACUGCUAAAAGUAGACAUUUAAAUGGUUUUUUUGUUUGUUUGUUUAUUUUUGA